ACAAACAGAGCAUAACAUAAGAAGAAUCUUGUUCUGACCUUGAUAUCCACCGCAUCUUCAAACAACAAAAACAAAAACCAAAACAACCCAAAAUUGAAUCCUUCUAAAGUCCCCUUUUAACCAAUUUACAAAUCAAAAGCAAAAAUCAAAAUCAACUAUUGAUUUCGCUACUAUGGAUUCAAUUAAAUUGAUUCUGAUUCUCUUAAUCUCUCUAACACUAUCAUCAUCCUCAUCAUCGACGUCAUCAUCAUCAUCAUCAUCGCAUGCAUUGAUUCAACAGAACAAGCUAACAGCUUACGAUCUUCUCGAGGAAUACGGUUUCCCAAUGGGUCUUCUUCCGAAAGGCGCGAUUGGGUACACCUUGAACAGAGAAACAGGUCAAUUUUCAGUGUAUUUCGAGAAAACAUGCAGUUUCACUAUCGAAAGUUACACGCUUAGUUACAAGUCUACUAUCUCGGGUGUGAUUUCGAAUAAUAGGCUUUAUAAACUCAAGGGUAUUUCCGUCAAGAUUGUGAUUUUGUGGCUCAGUAUUGUUGAGGUUUCUCGGAAUGGAGGUGAUAUUGAUUUUUCUGUGGGUAUUACUUCGGCUAGUUUUGGGGCGGAGAAUUUCCUUGAAUGCCCUCAGUGUGGAUGUGGAUUCGAUUGCGAUACUAAGCUUCGUUUAAACGGUGACGUUUCUUCGAUUUAGGUUUUUUUUAAAUUGUAGUUGUAUUGCAUGAUACAAUUAUUGAACUUUUUUUCUGUUGAAGAUUUUAGAUCUAUCUUUUUUGUGGUAUGUUUUUUUAAAAAUUGAAAUCGAAUAAUAUUAGGUGAAUUUUAUGAGGGUUUAUUUUGUUUCCCCUAAUGUGAAUCAUGACUAUUUGAUGAUUUGCAACCUUUGAAUCCAAACUAGGGUUUCUGGCA